AUGUCUGACAUGAAAGAGUAUCAGAAAGUCUCAGAGGAGCAACACAAAAAGGUCCAAGUCAACCCUUACGGACCAAAUCCUAGCGAUUACUUGUCAAAUGUUCGCUCGUUCCAGCUUAUCGAGUCUACUUUGAGAGAAGGUGAGCAAUUUGCGAACGCCUUCUUCACUACUGAAAAGAAGAUCGAAAUCGCUAAAGCUUUGGACGAUUUUGGUGUUGACUACAUUGAGCUUACCUCGCCUGUUGCUUCUGAGCAAUCGAGGGCCGAUUGUGAGGCAAUCUGCAAGUUAGGAUUGAAGGCCAAGAUCUUAACACACAUACGGUGUCACAUGGAUGACGCAAGGGUUGCUGUUGAAACUGGAGUCGACGGUGUCGAUGUAGUGAUUGGCACUUCCCAGUUCUUGAGACAGUUCUCCCACGGUAAGGACAUGUCGUACAUCACCAAGAGUGCGAUCGAGGUCAUUGAAUUUGUCAAGAGCAAGGGCAUUGAGAUCAGAUUUUCCAGUGAGGACUCGUUCAGAUCAGACAUUGUCGACCUUUUGAACAUCUACAAAACUGUCGACAAGAUCGGUGUCAACAGAGUCGGUAUUGCCGACACUGUUGGUUGUGCCAACCCAAGACAAGUUUACGAGUUGGUGAAAACGUUGAAGUCUGUUGUCUCCUGUGACAUCGAAUGCCAUUUCCAUAACGAUACCGGUUGUGCCAUUGCCAACUCCUACACGGCUCUAGAGGCAGGUGCCAAGUUGAUCGACGUCUCCGUGUUGGGUCUCGGUGAAAGAAACGGUAUCACUCCGCUUGGUGGAUUGAUGGCCAGAAUGAUUGCUGCCGACAGGGAGUACGUUCUGAGCAAAUACAAGCUACACAAGUUGAGAGACUUGGAGAACCUGGUUGCCGACGCCGUCCAGGUGAACAUUCCUUUCAACAACCCGAUCACAGGUUUCUGUGCUUUCACCCACAAGGCGGGUAUUCACGCUAAAGCCAUUUUGGCCAACCCAUCCACAUACGAGAUCUUGAGCCCUGCGGAUUUCGGUUUGACCAGAUACAUCCACUUUGCCAACAGAUUGACCGGUUGGAAUGCCAUCAAGUCCAGAGUUGAGCAGUUGAACUUGAACUUGACCGAUGACCAGGUCAAGGAGGUCACCAACAAGAUCAAGAAGCUUGGCGACAUCAGACCAUUGAACAUUGACGAUGUCGACUCCAUCAUCAAGGACUACCACGCCGAUGUUUCCACUCCAAGAAUGGGUGCCACCGAAGGCCCAGCCAUCGUGGACGAGGACCAAGCUUCCUUGGACAACGUCAAGAGACCACGUUUGAACUGA